GACUUCCCUAAAAGAUAAGAAAAACGUUUCCUCAUGUUUCUGCCGAGUGUUUGUCAGAGCGGAAUGUGAAGAACGGAGACGGACUGAAGCAGCUUCUUCUCUCUGCAGCUUCUGGAAAAGUAUGAGAAGAUUUGAAGGGAUUUGAGAAGCUUCCAGAACAGAGACGAAAACUUUUCAAAGAAUCCAGCACUGGACCGUGGUCUUCCCAGGGACUCUGAAAACAGACAAAGCUUAGUGAGAUAAAUCAAACUGUUCAAAAGGUCAAAGAUGAGCUCAGAUCCAGAAAUCCUCGUGGGAAUGCUGGAUCAUUUGGUAGAUGAAGACUUUGGAAGGUUCCAGUGGUAUCUGUGGCAAGAUGGAGCCCUUAAAGGAUUCAGACCAAUCCCAAAGAGUAAACUGAAGAAAUUGGACAGGAAAGACACAGUGGAUGAGAUGUACCAGACCUACAGCGAUCGCACUCUUGAAGUCACUAAAACAGUUUUGGAGAAAAUGAACAUGAAGGGUGUAUGGGAGAAACACUUCAAAAAAACCAUCUCAGAACCUGAAGGUGUGCGCUCUGCUAUAGAUCAGAGUGGGGACAGACAGGAGAGAGUCCCUCAGUCUAACAGGACUCUCAGUGGAGAAGAUGAGAACCAGACCAAGGAUGAAGGGGUGGACCAUGGUGGAGAGCAGAUGCUCAAACCUGAUCUGAGGAAGUAUUUCUCUCAACUUCAACUGGAUGAAAACUCAAUGCACACAAACCUCAAACUGUCCAACAACAACAGGAAGGUGACACAUGUGUGGGAAGAGCAGCCGUACCCUGAUCAUCUUCACAGAUUUGAUUACUGGAAACAGCUGCUGUGUAGAAAUGAUCUGAGUGGUCGAUGUUACUGGGAGGUCGAGUGGAGCGGAGAUGUUUCCAUAUCAGUGAGUUACAGAGGAAUCAGAAAGAAAGGAGACAAUGAUGAGUGUAGGUUUGGAGGGAAUCAUCAGUCCUGGAGUCUGAGGUGCUAUGAUGGACGUUACUAUGUCUGUCACAAUAACAGAGUAACACCCAUCCCCUCCUCCUCCUCCUCCUCCUCCUCCUCCUCCUCUGGUAGAGUAGCAGUGUAUGUGGACUGUCCUGCUGGCUCUCUGUCCUUCUUCAGAGUCUCCUCUGACUCUCUGAUCCACCUCUACACCUUCAACACCACAUUCACUCAGCCUCUGACUGCUGGGUUUCUCCUCUGGUUUUCUGGUUCUUCAGUGAGUCUGUGUCCUGUGUAGGAAGGACGGUCUGUCUCUGACAGCAGGGAGGAGGAGGAGCCUAUCAGAUAGUGGGAGGAGCCUAUCAGAGGGUGGGAGGAGUUUAGCUCCACUGAAGAUGUGAUUUCUUCUUUGUUCCAAUUGGUGUUUGUUGUGGUUUCAUUGACUACGUUUACAUGCAGUCAAUAUUCCGGUUUUGGAAAUAUUCGGAAUAACCAGUUUACAUGCUUAAACAGAGAUUUACCCUGUUUACAAGCCAGCGCAUUCAAUCAGGAUCUCCCCAUUCAAACCUCAGCACACAGACGACGCCAUGACUGCAUUUGCACUUCAUGCCACUAGGUGUGCUGUUUGCAUGUUCAACCUUAUUUUACACAGACACCACAGAGGA